CAGCUUUGUUGUCACCGCAUGAGACGGAACUUCACCACUAGCAAGAGACUUAAAACCAGCUGACUCUAGCUUUGCAAUACUACAUUGCACAAUGAUCGUAUCUUUACAGGACUCUACAGAUAAAACUUCCUCUGAACUCAAGGCUCCGCCAGAUACCGAGAAUGAGCUUGCCGGAGAAGCACCUCCUCCAUCAUAUUAUAGCAACACUUCAGAUCAAGAUGCAAUUGCGGGUGCAUCCUCUUCCAGCAUUCCUCCUCAACCCACGUACAAGUCCAAACCAACGAAUUACUUGCAUCUCUUCAAUGAGAAUAACUCUAUCAAGGGGGAGUACGUCAUAGACCCUGGCAUGAACAUCCCCACCUCUCUUCUUCCACCUCUGCGUCCAGAAGAGAGCGAGGCAGAUAGAAAGAAUCUAUCCUUGCACUCAACAAAUGGAUCUGUCAAUGGAGAAAUAUGGCUACUCGGUACUCGAGGCGCUCAACUCUCCGAUUCUAAGACGUCCACAAAACGCACGAUGCUUGGCAUUGACUCUAAACAUGGCUCUGUGACUGCGCGGGUUCACACUAUUCAAGGGGCUGCGCCGUUCUUGCUGACCAUUUCAGCGAACAACGGCUCUGUGACUGUAUAUCUUCCGCGCUCUUUCAGCGGUUUCCUUCUUCUAACGACUAGCCACGGUUCCGUCUUCCUUUCCGAUACUCUCUCCCAAAACUGCACGCAUCUGAGUCAGGUGGAUUUGACUCGAAGAUAUUUUGUUGGAGACUUGUCCACGGUUGAUGACAGUGAUUGGAAUGGGGAUGAACUGCGAGUAGAAGCGAAACAUGGGAACAUCAGGAUAAAAUAUGUCGAAGAACAUACAAACGCAAAUAAUACCAGCAGAGGAGGACUUUUGAAUCGGUUAUUCGGGUGGUAGUGGGUACUUUCUGGAAUCACAUGUACGACUACUUUUCAUGUAAUCAGUACGAUGUGGCGUUGAUCAAUAAACAGCUGCCUGCCUUUUU